UCCUUUUGGUGCUGAGAACAGAAAGUACUGGUAGUGGAUGUAAAAGUUCUGUCUUUUGGAAAAAAAAGUCCAGCAAAGAAAUAUUUGUCUUGGCUUGGGUUUUUGGGAUAUUGAAUUUGGCAAAAACAGCAUGUGGUGAAGCUGUACAGAUGAGAAGGUCCCAGGCUUGAUUCUUAUCUGAACUCAAUUAGAGGCAGCAAAUGGAAUGGGAAAAUCGGGAGUUGAAAGUACGCCAAGGAUGUGAUUCCUGAUCAUCAGCCAGUGACCACGCUGAAAAAGCCAGGGACGGAGAACCGUCAUCUGUGAGCUCCCCCACCCCAUCAUGUUCUGAUAGCCAGCUAACACAGUGAUGUUGUUACCACAGGCCACAUCUGGGAUUGGACCCCAUCAUCCUUGGGUGGGUUCAUAGCAAGAAGAAAAAGGAAUUGGCUGGAAGGCUUCUAGGUUUGGCCCAUUGUUCUCAUGCUAACUUUGUGCAACUGGGAUCAUGUGGAAGUUUCAUCAGAGCUUACUUUCGAAAAUCUUUCUGCUAAUUGCACACAACAAUCCUAUCAAAACUGCAGUGUUAUUUAAUUGGCUGCACAAACUGGAACAAGGUCAGGUUCAAGACUAGUUUCUUCCAUGAUAUUCGUUGAGCCUUUUUGGAGUGGUGAUUUCUCAGACCAAAUUUCUUAUCAGCUUUGUUUUUUCAUAUUUCAGAGAGCAAGUGAUGGCGUAGUGGUAUCAUCACUUGACUAUUCAUCCAGAGACCCAGCUCAUGUUUUGGGGAUGUGCGUUCAAAUCCUGCCUCGGCAAAUGUUGGACUUUGAAGUCAAUAAAGAAAACUCUGAAAUUGAGAUUCUAAUGAUGACCAUGAAACUAUUGCCGAAUUUUAGAAAAACAGUCUGAUUCAUUGAUGUCCCACAGGAAAGGAAAUCUGAUGUCCUUAUUUGGUCUGGCCUAUGUAUCACUCCAAUUUGGUUGAUUCUUAACUGCCCACUAGGCAAUUAGGGAUUGGCAAUAAAUGGUUGACCCCAUCCCAUGGAUGAAUUAAAAUGAAAUUUGAAACGUAGGCAACACAGUUGUCCUGCAAGAAUGAUCUUGAGUCCACGUACAUUGGUAAUAGAAUGUUUUCUUUGACCCCUGAGGGACUACUAAGUUAAUUAAUGGUGUUUCUCCACUAAUUACCAUGAGAUGUUCAUGUACCUAAUUCCCUUCAUAGCUCUGUUGUGGAGAGUUCUCUCUUCCUGAGACUUCAUUCCAGGUAGCCCUGUGGUGUGUUAUUUUAACCAAAUGGCUGAAGGUCAAAUACAAAGGGUCUGGAGAGGAAUAACAAUUGCUUGUCAGUUACUAGUUACUCUGAUAAUGCCAGGUUUAACAGUAAAUGUUGAUUAACAUGUGUUUUCUCUUUGUUUUUCGACUCACAGCCAGUCAGACUGGUAGAUGCCCAGGAGUGCCUGUGGCUUCAGGCCAAAGAAAGGUAGAGAUUGUGGCUCUGAAGUUGGAUAUCUGGAAGAUUACUCACUGCUUGCAAGACCUAAGACAGAACACAGCAUUGACAUCUAAAGUCUUCAUUCAGAGAGACUACUCCAGUGGGACUGUGUGCCAGUUUCAGACUAAAUUCCCGUCAGAGUUGGAGAACAGGAUUGAUCGGCAGCAGUUUGAAGAAACUAUCAGGGUAUUAAACAACCUUUACGCAGAGGCUGAGAAGGUUGGGGGACAGUCUUACGUGGAGGGCUGUUUAGCAUGCUUGACUGCGUACACCAUCUUCUUAUGCAUGGAGACCCAUUACGAGAAGGUGUUGAAAAAGAUUGCCAAAUACAUCCAGGAACAGAAUGAGAAGACGUAUGCACCACGAGGCCUCGUCAUAGUCGAUCCAAUUGAAAGAGGAUUGAGAGUUAUUGAGAUCUCCAUUUAUGAAGACAGAAAUUUCAGCAGUGCAAGAUGAAGUGCAGAGAAGCUAAGUGGGACCAAGGCUGUAAAGGAUACAGACCAUUUCUGCUGGGUGUCAUUUCUGUACCGAACGCGUACCCUACCUCAUCUCUGGACUAUCAUUCCACAAAAUCUUGAGGACCUUGGUGCCACUUUAAACGUUGGAUGUUUUGCAAUCUGCUGUAUCCUCAAAUAAUGUAUGCUAUGUGAGGGGUAGGUUGGUGUAAGCAAAUAACUAUUGUGAUCAAAUUAGUAGUUUCUUUCUGAAAUGUUUUCUUCAAAAAAAUCAAAACAAUUUCUAAAUUAACAUCACUAGAAGACCACAGGAAAGAGUUGAAGGAAAUGUUUGGAGGUGUGCAGUUGUGAUAUUCUCUGGUAGCUUAAGUUGAUCGGUGUCUGAAGCCUUGGAUAUUUAUCCAAUGUGAAUGGAAGAUGCUUUUGUUUCUUGGUGUGUUGGGACAAGUGAAUAUGCCAGCGCAAUAUAUUUAGCCCUAAGAGUACUGGAGAUUUUUGAUGCCUAAAUCAAAACUCUCAUUUGGUUUACCUGAUUUUUAAUUUCACCAAGCUGUGUCCAAUUGGCUUGGCAGGCAAGGUCACUACCAUGUAUAUCAUGCUGUCAAAUCUAGGAGGUCCCAGGGGAGCUGGAGAAUCUCGGCUGAGGCUUUUUGAAGGGGCAGAAAACAGUAUCCAACGUUAGUUGGUUCGGGUUCUGGGAUCUCGGUCCCUGAUGGACCUGGUUGUCGAAGUUUUGUAUCGGAUCAGGUUAAAUUGGGACACGAUUAAAGUCUUGGAACAAUUAGCAGCUGAGCUCAGUGAUCCUAUAGUUUAGCGUGAGGUGACACCUGCUGAGAAGUGCACUGAACAGGUGGAAGAAGGUGCCUUAUGCAAUUGAGAAAAAUGAAAAUUUGGGUUACUUCAGGAUAUUUGUAGCAGUAUAUUGCUCAAUUGAAGUAGAAACUGGUAAGGAGCAUGCUUCACAACUGAAGACAGUAGAAGUGAUCAAGAAGCAUCUCAACUACGAAUAUAAAAUGUUCAGCAAUAUCUUGUUGGUCACCAAACUCUGUAUAUGUUGGCACAGAUCCCAUUUGUGGUUUCUUUACUGACGCAAACAAUUCAGAUUUUUAAAAUAAAACCUCCUGGGAGUGUUCUCAAUAUAAGAUUCCAUGUUGGCAAAUGCUAGAGACACCACCACAAGUGGCUAUUGCAUUACAGGAUUGAGUUAGCUGAUAGGAGUAUAGUGCAAGGAAAGGAUGAGUUUACAGAGAAAUAAAUGCUUUGCUGAAGAUUUUCAAACUUUGUGUGUGACUAUGUAAUGAAAGGUUGAAAGCUUUCUUGCAGAAACAGACACUUUGCCAACUUGAAUUGUACAUUUUCCUUUGCUGAGCAAGAUACUUUACUCCUCUUGUCCGCUCAUGUCACUGUUCACUAUUUCACCACCUCUCCCACCACCAUCUAUCAUGUGUAUGGCCAAAACAAUGAGGGAUUCCAACAGCAAUUUGCAAGAUCAUCACAAAAUGGAGUUUUGAAUACCAAGAGCAGUCACGGAAACACGCAGAUGCAUUUCAAAAAAUUUAGGAAGGAGAAAUCAGUACUCUUAGUGGUUAAUAACUUAUCAGUGCACUGUCAUUAUGUGUAGCUUUUGGCUACUUGGGCUUAUUUCCCAGGGUCCCCUUGUGGCUUGGUAAAAUUAGCUAAUUUAAAUGUUUGUGUACUUGUGUUUCUCUUGUAAUAUAAUAAUGUAGUUUGUGACAAUUUCAACAUCUUCUAAAUCUGCUGAGUUUAUAAACAUUUGAUAUAAUUGACGUUUUUUAUAGUCAUUGCUAAGGGUUUCGGAGAAGUAAAAUGUGUGAAAAUGCCGGUUGUACUUUGUCACAAACCAAACUGUUCAGCAUUGUGCAGACUGUUCUGAGCAGUUUUGCUGCUUGUUAGUGCAUCUAAAGAAAAAUACAAAGCCUGACCUUGAUCCCGUGCGAAUAAUUUGAACAGAAUCCAAGACAAUUUGCUGUCAAUCAUGUCUGACACUAAAUCUGACCUUGUAUGACCUCAGGAGCGCAAAGGGAAGAGGUUUGAGUUGUGCAGUGGAGUAGAACGAACAAAAUGCUGACCUUUGCAGUUGCAAAAACGUGUGUUUCAAUCCAGUUUAGACAGGCAGACUGGAGGUCUCUUCAGGGUGACUGUGAAGGGGAAGCUAGGUUGGUUAAGGGGGGGAUGGUGUGGAUCUUGUUCCCAGUGGACACAUGUCCACACUACAAAAAUGGCUGUAAUUUGACUGGCACUAAUUGGGCAAUCUCGCUCUGAGAGGCCACAGGCAGGGUCAGCAGAAAUCAACAGGAGAUUUUUGUUUAAAAACCUGCAGGAUUUUUGAAUUUAACUCUCCAUUGGUGUGUACUCUGUUUAUUUUCAAAGAUGUUAUAUAACUUAUUAAAAGAACAAAGCAGCCAAUACUCAGUGUUGAUUUUUCUUCCCACAAAAUAAUGAUGUCGAUUCAGUUUUGACAUUUUUUUACUUUGUCUGAGCUUUUGAUAGGAAUCAUCAAAUGUCUGGGAGGUUAUGAAUUGUUUGUCCCGACCCUAACAAAUUUUUCCUCUGGAAUUGGAUUUGUCUGUUAAUGGUAUUAGAUUUUGUUAGUUCAUAAAACGGUUUAACUUUUUACACUACCAGUGUUGCCUGGUUGAGAGUUUUGAUCUGUGACAAAGACUUAUCUUACUGGUGGCCCAGAGGGGAGCAGCGGUGAUGUGGGAAGUAGAAAUCUCUGCAUUGCUGUGAAUUUGAUGGGAAUUGGUUUGUGGCUAGUGUGUCAGAAUGUUUUCAUUAUCUCAGCCUGGGAACUUUUGCAAAUAUAUCUGGAAGAUCAACUUUGCUCUCCAUAACUGAAAUUCCUUGAGCUUUUACGCCUUCUUUAUAACAAAAGAAAGUUCUCCUGAAAAAUAGAGUACAAACAUCAUGGCCAAAUUGAUAGUUCAUUUGCAUUCAGCUUGUUUAUCUUGAGACAUCGAUUUUUGAAAGAAGAUAUUCCAUAGGAGUUGAAGGCUGUGUCUUUGGGCACUUGUUUUAGGUCUUUGGGAAAAUUUCAGAAAGGCACAAUUGAAUAAUGUGAAGCUGAGUUUUUGCGUUUCUGACAUGCUUUGGUCUUAUGAAAAUUAACUGGCAUAGGUGCCAGUGAUAACAAUAAAUGCUGUGCAACAGGCGCCUUUACAAGUUAUGCAGUUAAUGUAUCUGCAUUUAAAAUGUACUGCCCUGGAGUCAAGGCACUUCAAUUAAAGAAAAGGCUAACUGCCUAUCUUUUAGGGAAUUCAAUCAGCUUGCAACUCAUUCCAUAAGUGACAGCGACAAGCAACAGAAAUAUUAAAUCCUGCAUGCAGUUUUAAUAUAUCUGACAGGUCUGAAACCACACUGACUUUGAAGAAGUCCAGAAAUAGUUAACUUCACAACUAUUUUUCUGACCUUGUGGUAGGUGAGGUAUUGAAACACUUCUGACCUUAGACCUCUGGUCUGAUUUGUGUCUUCCUAUCUUUGAGGAUAUUAGCACUGCCUAGAAUCUAUUGGACUGCUCCUUGUGGGGGAAGAGGUAGUAAAUUAUUCUUAGUUUUGUUUUUAGAAGUCGACCUUUUUAAAGCUUGCUGUCUUGAUCUGUUUGUGGAGCACACCUGAAACUUGUUUCCCAGGGAGGGGAGGCAACAGUUAGUUACAGAAAUAGGCCACUGCCAACUUGUGCUUCAAUUCAAGUGUGACCUUCACAUAUGUUAACAUGGUAAGUUGACAAUACUUAGAUUUCAGUUACAUAACCAAACCGGGUGUGCUGGUUGCAAAUUUUUAUAUCCAAGUGUACUAGUUGAUGAGACUAGAUUCCUAGCAGUUUUUAAUGGAAACCAAUGUAAAAUAGGGGAACACUUUUCUUAACCUGCAGAUUUGAUUUGAAGCCCUGAUGUUAGGAUGGUGGCACUGUUACAGAGGCAAGGCAAAGGACAGAGGGAGUUUUGGGGCUUUUAAAAGAAAAAUUAGUGGACACCUAUUUAAAAGAAACAAGGACACAAAACCACACCUAUUUACACAACAUAAUCUGUGUGAAUACCACUCCAGCUGGCAUUGAAUUUAAUUUUGAGGUAGAAUAACUAUGGCGUAUGAAAAUGCGCUGUGAAAUCUUUGACAAUUGUUCAAUGACUUGAGUGAAAUUAGUGCGGCACCUUCUGAAACCAACCAUUACUCAAAGAAUCUCUCUUUUUAUCGUGUGCUGUCUCUCAAAUGUUUUGGAUCUAUUUUAUUACUGUAUGCUGGAGUCAAACAUGCUGUUUUUAAAACCUGUCCUUUGAUACAAAUUCACUUGCUUGUUAAUAUAUUGGUUUUUGUUUUCUAUCUUUAUUGAUUAAAAGAAAUAAAAUGCUUCUACAAAACCAGAGU